AUGACCUUCCUUGCCCCGUGGCUCCUUUUGUCUUUGUCUUUUAUUUCUGUCAAUUCCCAGACAACUGAGGAAAAAGCAGAAGCCUUCCUUGCGGAGUAUGAUGUAGAAGCCCAAAAACUCUUGUAUCAAAGCUCACUGGCAUCAUGGGAGUACAACACAAAUAUCACAGAUGAAAAUGCACAGAAAAUGAAUGAGAUGGGAGCAAAGUGGUCAGCAUUCUAUGUUAAAGUAUCUGAAGAUUCAAGAAAGUUCCCAAUAAAUGAAAUUACAAAGUCUAUCAACAAACUCCAACUUCUUGCUCUGCAGGAGCAAGGGUCAUCAGUUUUAGCGCCAGAAAAAUAUGAACGGUUAAAUGCUGUUCUGAAUGAAAUGAGUACAAUUUACAGCACUGGUGUUGUGUGUAAACAUGAUGAUCCAACUCACUGUCUGCCACUGGAACCAGGUCUGGAUGAGAUCAUGGCUGAAAGUACUGACUAUUAUGAGAGGCUUUGGGCCUGGGAAGGCUGGAGAGCAACAGUUGGCAAAAAAAUGCGACCACUGUAUGAGGAAUACACCGAUUUAAAGAAUGAGGCCGCCAGGCUGAAUGGUUAUGCUGACUAUGGAGAUUACUGGAGAGGAAAUUAUGAAACACUGGAUACUGACAAGUAUGCAUAUAGUCGAGAUGAGGUUAUCAGAGAUGCUGAAAGAACAUUUCAGGAGAUUCUGCCUCUGUACAAAGAACUGCAUGCCUAUGUGAGGGCAAAGUUAUAUGAAAAAUAUGGCGCUGAACAUAUAAGUCUAAAUGGAGGUCUACCUGCUCACCUGUUAGGUGAUAUGUGGGGUAGAUUUUGGACAAACCUGUACCCAUUGGCAGUGCCUUAUCCAAACAAGCCAAAUAUUGAUGUAACAUCAGCUUUAGUUGCACAGGGAUGGACUGCAAAGAAAAUGUUUGAGGCAGCAGAUACAUUUUUUCAGUCUGUUGGUCUGCAAGAAAUGAAUGAAUACUUCUGGAAUUUCUCAAUGAUCGAGUAUCCAACUGACGGCAGAAAAGUUGUCUGCCACCCUACUGCCUGGGACAUGGGAAAUGGAAAAGAUUUCAGGAUCAAAAUGUGCACAAAGGUGACUAUGGAUGACUUCUUGACAAUUCAUCACGAGAUGGGACACAUUCAAUAUGAUAUGGAAUAUGCACAUCUCCCAUCCCUGCUUCGGGAGGGAGCUAACGAGGGUUUUCAUGAAGGAGUGGGAGAAAUCAUGUCAUUGUCUGCAGCCACCCCUAAUCAUUUAAAAUCACUAGGCCUUUUACCCGAUGACUUUGUUCAAGACACAGAGACCGACAUAAAUUUUCUGCUUAAGCAAGCCCUUACUAUUGUUGCUACUUUACCAUUUACCUACAUGCUGGAGCAGUGGAGAUGGCAAAUGUUCCGCGGAGAAAUUCCAAGAAAUCAGUGGAUCCAGAAAUGGUGGGAAAUGAAACGUGAUUUGGUUGGUGUUGUAGAACCUCUACCUCAUGAUGAGACCUACUGUGAUCCUGCUGCCCUUUUCCAUGUGGCCAAUGACUACUCCUUCAUCAGGUACUACACAAGAACAAUUUACCAGUUCCAGUUUCAAAAUGCUCUCUGUAAGGCUGCCAAACAUAAUGGUCCACUUCACACAUGUGAUAUCACAAACUCUACAGAAGCUGGGAAGAAGUUAAGUGAUAUGCUGAAACUCGGCAACUCAGAAUCCUGGACAAAAGCCUUAGAACAAGUAACCGGAGAAACCAAAAUGAAUUCAGCCCCUCUCAUUGAAUAUUUCCAGCCUCUCUUUGAAUGGCUGCAAAAAAACAAUCAGCAGAAUGGAAGAUCUCUUGGCUGGGAUCCAUCAUGGGACCUCUAUUCUGAUGAUGCCAUAAAAGUGAGGAUCAGUUUAUUAGCAGCGAUGGGGGACAAAGCGUAUCAAUGGGAUGAGAGUGAAAUGUUUUAUUUCAAAUCAACUGUGGCCUAUGCCAUGAGGAAAUACUUCAAAGAAUCCAAAAAUCAGGUUCUAAAUUUUGAGGCUGAUGACAUCCAGACUUACAAAGAAAUGCCAAGGAUUUCCUUUUUCUUUGUGGUUCUGAACCCAGGCAGCACUACAAUAAUUCCAAAGGCUGAUGUGGAACAGGCAAUCAGAGGAUAUCGACACAGAUUCAACAACGCUUUCUCACUGACUGACAACACUUUGGAAUUCUUGGGUAUUGAAUCAACACUUGCACCGGCUCCAGAACCACCUGUCACAGUCUGGCUGAUUUUGUUUGGUGUUGUUAUGGGUAUUGUAGUAGUUGGACUCCUUGCCCUUAAUAUACAAGGUGCUCGUACAAGACGGAAAAAGAAGGCAUCAGCAGCAGAGACGACAGAAGAAAAAAGUUCUAAUCCAUAUGAAGAACUGAAAAUGGAAAAUGGAAUUAGCAAUCUUGCAUUCACUAAAGAGAAUGAGUAUGAACCUGCUGUUUCCACCAAGGUGGAAGAUAUGCAUAUUCCUGCUAUAGCACAGGUGGAGGAUACACAGACAUCUUUUUAAAAAGUGAAAGCUAUAGACAAAUGUUCAUAGCAUUCCCUGCCUAACAUACAUUUUGGUUUAAUCAGGACUUAUGUGUUUGCUAAAGUCUAUUUACUGUGCAAUAAACACUACCUAUAAGUAUUUAUGUAGCUGAAUGUGCAGCAUAACUUGUUUGUACAAAGCCCAUGUUUAAGGUAAAGCUAUAAUAAUGUAAUCAGUGCUGUUAUUUCUUACAA